AUGGCUUCAAAUUACAAAGAAAGGAGAACUGCCGAUCUAGGGCCGCCGCCGCCGCCCCGCCAGGCCGUGCUCGUCAAGAAGCGCCGAGGGCAGGAGCGCCCAGCCACGCCAAACGAAGAUGAUGUUGUGGAGGGAAUAUUUCUUCCGGUGGGAGUAGAUCUCCGCCAAAUAACUAUACUCCCCAAAAAAGAAUGGGAGAGGAUUCACGAUAGCCUCACCGCCCCAGCAAGAGAAGCUGCUCGGAUUCGUGCUGAAAGGAAGGAGCGGAAAGAUCUGCACUUAAAGUCUCAAGCACUUGUGAAAAACUGGCAUAACACUAUUGCGGGUAUGGCACAAGCAAAACUGAAAGCCAAGAAAGAGCGUCAGGAGAGGGAUGAGGAAGAAAAAAGAAAGGUUGACCUGGAAGAAGCAAAGUAUGAAGCACAGAAGCGAAAAGAGGCGGUGGCAGAAUCCAAACUCUAUCAGUACUACCAAAAUGAGAGAGUGAAAGACUUCCAUAGAGCCCUCUUACUUACCGAAUGCUUAAAAGAAAGAGAUGCUCAGAUUGAAUUUAAAAAGGUAAAAGAAAACCUGUACCGCUGCAGAGAUGAAGAAGUAGAACGUGAACGUCAAAAAGCCGUACGAAAAGAGGAGGAAAAGAUUAGAGAGAACCGUAGGAAGAGAGUGCAACUCAGCAAGGAUCAACUGGAACAGAUAAAAGAGCAUGAACGCCUAGCAGAACUGAGCAGGCUGGAAGACAAAAGGGAAAGGGCAGAGAUUCAGGAGCAGGUCCUGCUAAAUCAACAGGAAGUGCUGCAGAAAGAGCAAGAGGAGCGUGAAGACAAAAUCAGGCGUAGAAAGGAGCACCAGGCACAUGUUGCUGACCAGGUAACUCUCAAGGCUAUCGAGAAGCAAAAAGAAGAGGAAGAGGAUGAUAAAGUCCGAGCACAUUAUAAAGCAAAGCAGGCUAUGGCUAAGCUGAGAAAAGCAAAAGAAGAUGAAAUGCACAGGUUAAUGGAGGAGCACAGAGACAACAUUACUAGCCGCCUCCUGGCUCAUAUGAAAAAGGAGGCUGAUGAUGAAGAUGAGCGUAUCGCUAGGGACAUUGCAGAGACGGACGCGCAGCUGGAGAGAGAACGCAAAGAAAAAGAAGAAAAGAACAAUGCUGAACUGAAAUCCAUCACAGAGCACAGAAUGAAUGUGAUUAAAAGGAAAGAAGAGAAAGAAAAACAGGACAGACUAGAGGCUCAAGAAAUACUUCGUGGACAAAUAGAAGCAGAUCGGAUUUUCCAAGAACUGGAGAAAGACAAGAAACACAGAAAUCAUUGUGCAAACUUAAAAUUACAAGACUUCCAUGUCAUGCAGAUAGUCGAAAAAAAGUUAAAAGAAGAUCGUGAGAAACAAGCGGAUACGGACUAUGUCAGACAAAAAGAACGCAUUUUAUUAUUCAAGGAGCAGGAAUUCCAGAAGUACGCAAAGAAAAUCAUUGAUGAGCAAUCCAAGACAACUCGGAAUCUCUACCCUCUUUUGAAAGCACUCAGUGAAGGUGACAAAGGUAUAAACAGACCAGUUUUUAGAGAAAAUGAACAGCCGUGUGAAAAGCAGCCUACUAAGCUGCCGUUUAUAGGUGACACAGCUCAAGAAAUGAAAUGGUUAAAUGAAUAUGAAUAUGGGCACACGAAGGGUCGGCUAGGUUUUUCAUGGUAAGGAAAACCCUUCCGAAUGCUACAGUGAACGUCUAAUGCAUUUUUAAAUUACCCCAAAUUGUAGUAGAAAAUUAACAAGUUUAAGAUGCCUUAAUAAAGGUUGCAACCAUCCAAAUAUAUUUACGUAUAACUUUGAAAAUCCGUAGCUCUAAUGAUGGGUAGCAUUUAGAAGUUCCAAAACAGCCAUUCACACCUUUCUAUUCAGUUUUAUUUCAGGAAUAUCUACUCCUUUAAUCCUUCAGUUUCUGCCACCUGUACGAACACCAAAAAUAACACGCACUUCGCGAACAAACCAUUUGCUCUACCUCUUCCGUUUAAACUUUUUAGGCUAAAAGCAUUAACUAGCCACUUAGUUCUAAACAUAAGAUUCCUGAUCGGGUAUUUGCCUCUUGAUGGCCAAAAUCCCACCCAUGGCUAUUUUUCUUUCAAUAGCUGGCAUGCCACUCCCUAAUCCCGAUCAAGAUUGUGGCAUUGUGGGGAGGUAUAUGCAAUUUAACCCUCGCUAUGCUCUCAGUCUGGAUUGGACUCCCCCUCUCCUGCUUUUUGCACUCGAAGCUAAUGGAUGCUCCCCUGGGGCCCCCAUGGACAUAGCAGGCAGUGAUCUGGAUUGGGACCACGGUGGGAGAGGGGCAAAAAGAGUUAAAGCCCACCUACCCUCCAUUGCACUGGUUAUUUGUGAAAGAGAAAAACGUCAUGCAUUGGAGGGACUGUGGCACUCAAAUUAGGGAGCCAUAUACAAGGAAGUAUCUGUAGUUGGGAACAGAGGUGCUUAUCCUUUCCCUCACCCCCUGGACUGGAAAACCUCAUCUUGGGCCAGACGGAAUAUAAAGUAGUUAGGUCUGCAGAAUAAAUGCAACAGGAAGACAGCAUCUCUUGUUCCCUUUCAACUGCCCCUUGCUGCUUUGCGUGUCAGUUUGGGAAGUGCCAUCAACUUGGAUGAUUAAAAGGAAGAUGAGCAGUGGUUGGUUUUCUACACAAAGCAGGAAUAGUUCGACCCUUAGUAUGCAUAAGUCAUGAACUAUGUACCUGUAGAUCUUCUGUCACCCCUUCUUGAUCAAUCGUCAUCUAGCCUUUAAACAAUAUUUUAAUCAACAGAUAACUAAGACCUCAGUAUAAGUGCCUCUUUGAUGAACAGUGAAAAGAAACAAUAAUUUAUCUUAAGUGUGAGAUGGCUUACAACGUAGUAAAGGAUAAUUUGCAGCUAUGCACUGUUUACUUGUAAUAAAAGCUUUGUUAUGACAUCAUUUUGCAGUUUUGGAGUUGACAUAGCGCCCAGGGAAGAAUAUUGUUCAGUGUUGACUUUUAUAAAGCAAAACUGUUUAUAGAAAUGCAUUGGAAACAUCUUUACCAAAAAAGAAUAACAGUGGUGUUUUAAAUAAAAUAAAAACAAACUGCAGCAUUUA